AUGGCUGCCGCCUCCACGGCCGCAGCAACCGGCGGCCCGGGGAAGCGAAAGAGCUCUUUCCCCGCCGGCGCGCCCGCGCUCUGCCUGGCGCUGGCUUUGGCUCUGGGCCACGGUGAGGGCUGCCGCUCUUCUCGGUCUCCGAAGGGGGCGCGCGGGAAUGGCGAGAGGGCGGGGAGAACACGUGGCCUGGCCCCACCCCCUUUCCUGGGGUCCCUGGCGGGGAGCAAAAGUCGCUUUGGGCGGGAAAAGAGGGGUCGCUUCGACGGGGGGCGGGGCAGAGGAUGGAUUGCGGGAAACCUUAGUACGAGGGGUUGCUUGGAAGGGGAAAUCACUGGAUGAGGAAUUACGCUGGGAAGAAGGCGGCUUUAUGAGCAGGGGCAAAGAGAGGAAGAUUAACAAAUGCUACGGAGGGAUCUCACACUUGGUUGUGUGGUGUUGACGUUACGGCCUUAGUACCCUCUCGGAAGCUUGUGAUCCUAAACAGGGGUGCGGGGUCCAUUGUUUCCAACAGGACCUACUUCAGAGAAACUGCUUUGGAUUUCAGUCUACACCUUUUUGUAAAAAGUAAAAUAUUGGGAACUGGUUACUUCAGCCUUCUGGUUUUCUGUUUUUACUUGUAGUGCUUUCUUUUAAGUUAUUCCUGGAGCACGGCAAGGUGAAUGACCCCAGAAUUACUUUUUUGGAUGCAUUUGGUGGCUUUGCACCCCAGUGCCGCAGCAAUACUGUAUUUGUACUUGUAGAUCAAGUCAAGGACCUAGGAAUUGCAAAGAUGGUACUGAGAACCAUCUUCAGCCUCAUACCUAACUUACCCCUUUUCCUUAAGUGUCUCUUCAGUUGGAGCAGUGAAGCUCUGAGGAGUACAGCUUAGCAGUUCUUAUAAAGUCCCAAAGUUUGAUCCACUGUUGAUUGGGCCGGGACAUCAGAGGAGCCAGUCGCUCUAGAGAGGAAAGUUCCAACACGGGAUUUCCCUGUCUGAUGUCUGAGAUGCCAUUUCAGAGGAGAUAAUAUUUCAGUUUAAGUGUACUAGACAGAAAAGUCCACAUGUACAGUAAGUUGGAAUAUGGUGUGGAGAGGACAAAUCUGUUUAACAUAUAUGCUGCCAUGUUUUUUAUACUCACUAAUCUCCCAGAGCGUCCUAUGUCAAGAGGCUGGAGACCUCAUUACUCUGCACAGCUUUGUCUGGCUCUACAGUCUUAUUUUAUUGCUUUUAAAGGGGCCAGGAUGGCAUCUUGCUCUGCAGCACCCGAGAAGACAGCAGUUGCAGUAUCUUCACCAACAGAAAUCCAUGUGGAGUCAGGGAAAAUUGCAAGGCUUUCAUGCUGGUUCAGAACAUCAAUUAUGAUUAGUGCUGCUACAUCUGUUAGCUGGAGUUAUCAAGCACUGGGAUCAAACAGUCGUCCCAUAACUGUAAGAGCAAAUUUCUGCACAAGCAUUUGUGGUGCAAGUGGGUUACAUGUUUUGAAACUACCACCACCCUUUGUCAAUUGUAUGAAUGUCUUGUAGAAAUUAAUUGUAUGUCGUGGAAUGACAGCACUCAGUAUGGACAAAGGGACAGGGGAGGCGUACCCCUUUUCACUGCUUGAGGCGAAAUGCCACCAGCAGGAAGGGACAGCAGCAAUGGCAAGUUCCGGUGAAAUCUUGCAAGAUCUCGUGAGAUUUCUCUGGAAAUAGGCACCAAGGCUGGUGCCACUUCUCCACCAGUGGUGGAAGUGGUGGGAGAGACAGGCUGCGCAUGGGGCACCACCUUGGUCACACUGGAUGGGUAGGCCAGCCCUGCCAAGGGCUUGUCCACAACCCAGAACCUGCCUGUCUCUCCACCACACCACCUGUAUCCCAGUGUUGUCUCAGACCUUUCAAUGUGGACAUUUUUUAACCCUGGCUGUUCAGGACUUUCCAAGGAUAAUAAAAAAAAAAAGCCACAUUAAAACAGAGGAGGUUCCAAGACAACACUGGGAGCUCCUACAUGAGCACAGAGACAGGCAGGUUGAAAUCCAGAUUUUUCUCUAGUGUGGACAAGACCUAGAUUUUGCCCAUUGGCAUAGCCAGAGGGGGAGCAGGGGAAGUGCUGCUCUCCCCUAAAUCAAGUAAAUAAAUAAAUAAAACUUAACUAAAAGUAGAAAUUGGUAGAAAGAUCUUGACAGAUUUUUCUGAGCCCUUGGGGGCUCAGAAAGUAAUUUAAAACCACUGUUGUUGAGACAUUUCAUUGCAAAUCUGCUACUAAACAGAGCCAGACAAGAGGAUGGUGACAGGUGGGUAUCAUGUCCCCACAGCACAAAUCCUGGCUACGCCCAUGAUUUUGCCUGUCCUCAGAUAUCAUAAAGUGCAGCCUUUCAUAUGUUUUAGAAGACAUCUGAAAGCAGCCCUCUUUAGGGAAGCUUUUAAUGUUUAACAGACUACUGUAUUUUAAUACUUUGUUGGAAGCUGCCCAGAGUGACUGGGGAAACCCAGUCAGAUGGGCGGGGUAUGUAUGUAUGUAUAAAUGAAUAAAUAUCAUUAUCAUCAUCAUUAUUAAUCUCUCUUCUCUUGGGCUCUCUCCUUUAUUUAUCACAAUUCUUUACUGUGUCUCUGUAGCCUCUUAAUGAAUUUGAUCUUGCCCCAUAAAGCAUAAACCAUAAACAACCCCAAUCCCAUGUAAAUUCAAGGGGACAUACUCCCAGGUAAGCAUUCAUAGGAGUGCAAUCUCAGUCUCAUAUUUUCCCCACCCACCCUUCCAGUUGUGUUUCUGCUUUGCCUCCUUUCCCUUUCAAUUAAGCCUCCUGCAGAAUCUUAGGGAUGAUUGCUCAUCAUUUCCCCCCUUACUCUUUUUAAAGGUGUUAUUGGAAGAUUUCUAUUCCACUUGUAGCACCCAAGCUGGCUCUUCUCCUCCCGGGCAUGUGGAAUUACUGGAUAAAUGCAAACCUUUAUGGCUUUGUAUAUGUGUCUGAGAUGAGGGAUGUUUCAGUCAAAACCAAAUCUCUUCUUGAAUCUACUGUCUUAGGCUGUGCAUAGUACCUGAGAGUAAGCUCCUUUGAACCCCAUGGGAUUUGUAAUGGAAAGGGGAGGCUAGGGGAACCUGCUUAUACCCUUUCUUGCACAGCUGCCUUGCCAGGAAGACCUGUUGUGAAUUAAACUAUGCAAUAACACUGCCACCGUACCCACAAUUAAUCCCAACAACCCCCAGGCAGGAUGAAGUCUUGGAGGUCAAAGCAAUUUCAUCCAGUGUUAUGCUGAGAUGAUACACCUUGAACUUUUCAGCCAGAUCCCUCUCAAUAUAUCCAGAAAAAGCAGAAGUAGCAUCCAGCUGCCUUGGUCACCCAUGGGUUUAGUGCAACCUGCUUUCUCUCAUAAAAUGCCACUCUUUCAAAGCCAGACAAAAAUAAAGGCUUGUGUGUCAGGUGGCUACAGCUGAGUGUUCUCUCUGUAACUACUGGAAAUCAUGCGUAGUUCUCCAUGGUGUUGGAAAUAUAUCCACUCAAUGUUAUGAAGGAGGAUGAAAAUUAAAGUUAUAAAUGCAAAGUUACAUGUGUUUAUUUCUGUUAUUACAGUUUUUCUAUUACUCAGAUUGGAAGGCAUAUGAUGGGAAGAAUACACAAUUCAGUGGCCGAAGCAUUUGGGCUGGAAAUCUUUUUAAGAAUGAUGCAUCCAUCAAGAUAGCAAAUAUGCAACCAGCAGACAAUGGCACUUAUUUCUGUGAUGUUAAGAACCCUCCAGAUAUAGUCACUGCAGAAAGGGCAAUUGUAGUUAAAGUUCUGGAGAAAGAGAAUAUGCCUGCAAGCUCCGGAAAUAUUUCAUCCUGCUGGCUACUUGUACUUCAGUUCUGCUGCGUUCUAGCCUCUUUGACAAACUACUUGUUCUGA